GUAUAAUAGUAUAAUACAUAAUCAUAAAAUCAUAAAUAUUAAAUAAUACGAUUUUGACAUUACAACUAAUACAAAAAUAUAAAAAAAAUAAAGUUUAUUAUUAAUACACAUUUAUUUAAAUUUUGUUAAAAUGACAUCAUUCACAAAUAAGAAUGUUUUAAACUUAUUAAAAAAUUUACCUAGACUAACAAUAUCUAAUCUUCGGAAUAAUGAUGGAGCUGUAAAAAAAGUAAUUUAAAAUAUUUUUCUGAUGCAUUUAUAAUUGUAGAAUAAAAACAUUAAAAAACAUAUGUACCUAUAAUUAACAUACAAAAUAGAAAGUCUAUUUAAUUUAAUUAUUUUAACUGUUUAAAAAGUAACUAAGUUUUAUUUCUUUUGUUAAUUGAAUUAAGAUUAAAAACAUAACAUUAGAAGAUAACAUUUAAUAUUAUUUAUAAUUGAAUCUAAUAUUUUAGCUUCUUAUGUAAAUUUUAAUUAUAUUUUAUAUUAUUGUACCUAUAAUAUUAACAAUAUUCAUACAUUUAUAAUAUUUUAAUGGUUAAAAUAAAAAAAAAAUUGUUAAAAUUAAUAGAACAAACGAGGAAGAGCCCAACAUGGAGGUGACAAACAUGGUCAUGGUAAUAAAGGAUCAAAAGCUAGACAAAAUUUUAUGAGACCAGGUUAUGAAACUGGAAAUACACCAUUUUAUAUGAAAUUUCCUAGAGAACAAUAUUACAAGGACCAUAAGUAUGUUAUAUUCUUUUUCUAGUUUAUGUUUUAUAGUUGUUAACUAUUCUCAUACAAUUAAAACAUGUUUUUAGUGUUAAAAGACAAUAUCCACCACUUUCAUUGUACAAUUUACAAAAAAUGAUUGAUUUGAAUCGCUUAGAUAUUACAAAACCUAUUGAUUUAUCAGCACUAUGCAACACUGGUUUAUACAACAUAAAUCCAGAAGACAAACACUUUGGAGUAAAUUUGAUUGAUGAAGUAAGCUAUAUUUAGAUAAAUUGGAUUAAACUAAUACCAUAUAUCAUAGAUAAUGUGUGUUUAUAUAAUGAUUAAGACCUGGCGGGACUGAAUGAUCCCGCCAGGUUUCUAGGUGCACCCAAAAUACUUUUUCACUUUUCCCUGUAAUCUUCCAGCUACCUGACGGAAUUUCACACAACAAAUCAAAGGUUAUUUUCGAUUAAAACUGUCUAUAAAACUGUUUAUAACACUAAAACUAAGCCAAAUAGUCUUCAAUAAAAAAAACUAUUAUCAAAAUCUCAAUAAUUACAAAUAAUAAUAAUAAAAAAUGUUAAUUUUUGACCACAUUUUGGAUAAAUUCCAACAAUUUUAUUUUUCAAGGUUUAUACAAAUGCAUUAAAAAAACACACAUUUAAAAAAAAAAAAAAUUUAAAAUGUUAAAUUCUAACUAAGAAAUACGCGAAUUGGAAAACCCGAACUUUAUGAAGUUUUCCCUCAUAACUUCAAAACGAAGUUGGUCUGCCUUGAUUUUUUUUUAUAUUCUUAAUGUACACGUAAAACGACACAUUUUGAAAAAAAAAUCUAAAAAAAUAGUGUGGAUGCUGAUCUAGAUUUGUUCCCAGACAUAAAUUAAAUAACUUUAUGUAUUCUAUCUUCCUAACUUUACGCUUACUACAGUGGCACACACACAUCAGUAUUGGCUCUUUUUUUUUCAAUUUCUGAAAUUAAAAUAAAUUUGUACUGCUCUAUUUUACUAUUAAAGUAUUAAUAUCUAGUAUUCUUAUUAAUAAAUUAUUACUUGUAACUAAUUAAGAUGAAUGAAUAUUAAAUAUUUAAAACGUUUUAGGGAGCAGAUAUAUUCAAGGCAAAAAUUAAUAUAGAAGUGCAAUGGGCCAAUGAACCUACAAUCGCAGCCAUAGAAAAAAAUGGAGGUGUUAUAACAACAUCAUUUUUUGAUAUUAACAGUUUAUUUAUUCUAAUAAACCCCAAAAAGUUCUUUAAAAGAGGUUUGUAAAAUAUAAUAAUUUCUCUUUCAAAUUCAAAUUUUUUUUUUAUUUUCUAUAAGAUUUAAUAAACAACAUUUUAGUGCACUUUACAUCCGCCACUGUGUAGAAAAUAAACAAAACUUAGUUUUACCAAUUAAAUUAAAUUUUUAAUAUUCAUCAACUAUCUUGAUAGUUGUAAUGAAUCGACAAUUUUUUAAAUAAAAGACUUCAAUUUUUUUUUUAAUUAGUAUUUUUCUAAUUUGGUAUCUAUUCUAUACCCAAGCAAACUUGUUUGUAUUUUACUUAUUUACACCUCGUAAAUUAUUCUGAAUUUUUUUCAAGUAUUUAAAAUAUCUAGCUUUAUUUAAAGGGUUUUACUCUACCAUUCAAAAAGAUAAUUUAUAUUUUUUUUAUUGAUGAUCUUAAUUAAAUAUAAUAAAUAUUAAAUACUAAACUACAGAAAAUACUUUUUGAUUAUUAUGUGAAGUUGAAGAUAUUUUAAAGCUACAGGUAAUAUUUUGCAAACAGUAUUCGCGAACAUUUUUUGUUCGUCACCUAGUUUUGUUCUGAUGAGUUGAUAUUGAGAGAUAUUUUUGUGUAUGUUAUAUGAACAUUAGUAUAUGGUACAAUGUGAAAUGUGUACUGACGUGUAAAUAAUAAUAAUCAUAAAAACACUAGGAUAAUAACAAAAUUGAAAAACAAAGUUAUAAACAUAUUAUGGCGAGUUUGUAUUUUCAUUUUGGUUGUUUAUUGAAUGGUUUACAUAAAUAUUGCGCUAGUGAGGACGCUGCGUAACAAAAAUCAUAUUUUCCAUUAUUAAAAAUUAAUUUUAUUAUAUCUUUUAGGUGAAGCAAUACCAAGGCGAAUGAUCCCACCUGAAGAUUCCAUUUUAUAUUAUUCAAGUGCAGCAAAUCGUGGUUAUUUGGCCGAUCCUGAAAAAAUAUCUUGGGAACGAUUUGUUUUAGCUCAAAAAUAUGGAUAUAUUCUUCCUAAAAUUGAAGAUGAUCCAGAUUAUGAAAUGCUUGUUACUAGAAAAGAUCAAAGACAAAUAUUUUAUGGCCUUGAACCAGGGUGGGUUGUGAAUCUAAAAGAUAAAGUAAUAUUGAAACCGAUUGAUUCACAACUUAAAGAUUUUUAUAGAAGUUAAUCACAUUUUUAUAUUAGUAUUGAGUACUUUUAUAAUUAUCAUUACACAAAUGCCUAAUUCAUAUAAAAUAUAUAUAUUUAUGAAUUAAAAUGUUAGUUUCUUCGGAUACUUAUAUUUUAAUUUUUUAUUUGUAAUAAACUGUUGUAGAAUAUUAAUUAAAUAUUAAUAUUUGUGUAUGAUAAUAUUGAUUGUAAUAUUUCUAGUGUAUGUAUUAUUGUUUAAAUUUAUUUCACUUGACAGUACUUGUUGAAAAAGCCAAUUUUUAUUUUUAUUAUUACAAAUAGUUUACCAUAAUUAUUGUAUAAUUUCAAGAUUGGUUUGAAGUGUCAUCAAUUAAAGGAUAUUUCAUGUUUAAAUCACAAUUAUAAUCAUCUAGAUCAGAAGCUUUGAUAGUUAUAUUAAAUAGUUGUUGGUUUAUAUUGUUAUCUAAAUGCAUAAAACAGUUUAAUGUUAAAAAACAUACUUAAUGAAAACCACAUCUGUAUAAUAUAGAUAUUCAUUCUAGAAUACUAGAUACCAAACUAUUAGAGUUUUACGUUGGGAGUAGUGACGCCCAUAUGACAAGCUCUUAUCGUACGUCAGCCAUGUUUUUGGUGACAAUACAUCAAUUGUAUCAUUACAAAUAAUACUUUGAUUAAUUUUCAUACCUGUCUGAUCUCAAUCAUUAUUUUUUAUGAUAGUACCUAAUUAUUAUUUAUUAUUUUUGCAAAACAUUAAGUUAAUACUGUAGGGGGAUACAAAAAGUUCUUAAUAAAAAUAUGAUUACUUACGAAAACAUAUUAAAAUAGAACAUAGGAUUUAAGAUAGAUUUUAAAAUAAAUACAAAAUUAAAACAUAC